AUAUGGUUUCAAAAUUAUUUAUUACUAGAAUUUAUUGGUUUAAUGUUCUAAUUAUUUUUUUCUAACUAAAAGAUGACAAAAGGUAGCAGAAUUUCAAUCCUUCGUUGUCCCGUCUUGUUCGCCGUUUCAGCACUGCGCCUUCUAUUCCUCCAAUUCGAAUCCCUAGCUCCAAAUCAGGUAAUUACUACUACCUGAUUCUGUCUGUUCUCUUCUUUCCAUAGAGAAUCAAGGAAAUUCUUCUUUGCGGAGAAUAAUCGUGUGUAGUUAUGUCGUAAAUGCUUCCAAAUUUCGAUAUAUGCAUCAUUGCAGGUUGCUAGUUCUUGGUGUUUGUAAAGUGAGCUACGGAAAAUUUUGAUUUUCGCAUUUUCUUUUAAGUAUCUUUUGCCAAUUGAUUCCAAUGUACAUUAAGAUCUUCUCGUCCAAUCAGCACUAACGCUGGGAAUGACUGAGAUUGGUAGAGGAUGAGAGGUGUAAAAUUUUUCCUUCGUUGUUAAUUUGAAUGAAGUUUUUACUGUUCCUACUUCUGAAUUGAUAUCAGAUUGAUUAUCUAUGGUUCGCGCGUUCCGUAUAUGUUAAUCACAAUUUUGCAAUGCCUCAGGGCUUACUUCGAAGUAAACAGAAUUGUUCCUUUCCUUUCCUCUACUCUAUUUUUUUUUCUGGAAAAGUUCUUAGAAGAGCAUGUCACGUGAAAGGGCCAGGUUUGUCUCACUUGCACCAGCUGAAGAGGUGUGCCUCUCAAAAUUACUCCUCCUAUCUGAUUAUCUUUAUAUCAACAAAAGAGUAGUGCUUAUGCAACCUGUAAUGUGAUGUGCAUCUGAAUUAUCUUGUAAAUGUCUUAUUACUUUGCUUUGUUCCAUUCUUUCCGGCUGUUAUAUUUCGUAGCUCUCAAUUGCAGACAAUUGAGAAGAUUAAGAAAGUUGCAGAGGAAGGAAAACUUCUAUGGCGCUCAGCAAAUGUAUAGGUCUUUUGGUUCUAGGUAUGCUUCAGCCUACAGGUACUAGAAGCCUUGGAUAUUUUUCACACAGGUUACAUGCGGUGCUGAGCUUGCCGUCUGUUUUGUGGAACAUCUUGUUAAAGGAAACAUCCCUUAUGGAGAUGACACUCUUGGAAAAUUUACAAGAAGUUUCCACGAAUAUCCGUACCACAAAAUUUGGAUCUGGGAGAUGAUGUUGAUAUGCAGCACUUGCUGAAGCUCUAGGAGCUGCAAAAAACACGUGCUGAGGGUUGUUCAGCAUUCUUAAGAGCAGCUGCUAUCAAGCGAGAUUUAAAUUCUUUUCCAUUUUCCAUCACUUGAAUUAGUCUUUAAAAACAAUAGAGGAAAUUUGCCGAGUUUCUAGAAGCAACAGACGAUAAGUUUGAACACUAGUUGACAAAGGGGUCAAGCUGUGUAGGUAAUCUGUAUUUGAAUUUGGAGUGAAUUUUAUUCUAUGUAUUUAUUAACAGUAUCAGUAACGACUGUCAUGAAUGGUGGGUUUCUAAGCUGUCAAUUUUAAAGUUGUAUUACAGCCUGCAAGGACAGAUGUGUUGCCAUUGAACAAUAUUUAAAUGUUAUGGAGGAAGUUUUUCCUAUUCCUCCAACACCAGAUGAUAAAAAAUUGUAAAUUUGCCUCUCUAUGCAUCCUAUAAAGGGGUUCUUAGUUCUUAGGUCUCCUUAAGAACUGAUGAACUGAACUGUAAUUGGUUGUUUAUGCUAAGCCAUUGUUAUGGCUUGGAACAACAAAUUUGUGGUUAUGCUUUGGUUGUAUCAAGGCAUAUAAUAUCAAGAUUUCUGGUGUUUUUUGCUUAUUAUAUUUGUCCUUGAUCAGGAUGUCCUGAUAAAUUUAUUAUCUUCUGAACAGGUGGUCUACAGAAUUUGGAGGGCAGAGGAACGGAUCUCCUGAAAUUCAUGACAUGCUAUCUGAUUACCUAUAUACUGAAUCUCCUGAGUUGGAUAUGUCCAGAGUGACGUAUCAUUUUGUUCGAGGGAGGAACCCGAAGAAGUUUGCUUCAACUCUAGUCAAUUUCAUGGGCAAGUGUUAUCCAGGUGAAGACGAUCUUGCUGUUGCACGUGCAGUUCUUAUGCACUUAGCUCAAGGUAAUCUCAGAGAUGCUAUCGUCCUUAUGGAUGAGAUUAAGAAACAAGUGCAAUCUCAAGGAGUCAAUUUACCUCGGUCCGACCUAAUGCAGUUCACCAAUUUUCUUCUAGAAACGUUGCAGAGAGAUGCUUUGCCUCUUUUCAGUAUGUUGCUUGAUCGUUACAGGCAAAGUAUAAAUAGGGAACGUCUCUUUAACGAAUUGCUUGAUGAAAUUGCGGAGAAGUUUUAUGGAGUACGACGUAGAAAUUCCAUGCCAGGAGGAAUGUUUGGGAAAAUUUUCAAGAUGAUGGCAGGAAAAUAGUAACUUAUGGUAGAAAUUGGUGUAAGUCAAUAUCAUUCUAAAGUCUAAUUUUGAUAUGAUAUUUUUUCUCGUUAUUGUUAUAGUGUUCGUUCGGUUUGAAAUAUUAUAUCUCGUGAUUGAAUAGGUAUUAUGUUGGGUUCACGAGAUUGGAUCUCACAACUUAAUCUUAGAUGGAUAAUCAUAUGAUAAUAAGUCAUAACAACUUAACAAUA